ACCGACUUUUGAGGUGAGUAGUGAACGCAGCAUUUUAAAGUUGAACCUGUCAACAAGUAGUUUUUUUUCCGCAAUGGCGUCUCAAAAAACGUGAGUCAAGUCAGUCAACAGCUCCGACGUUCACGCCGCUGUGAAGACCAAAAGUGUAUUCGAAGCUCACAAAAAUAAGAACACACGAAAGUAAGGUCAUGUCGGCGCUGGACAGGCCAGUGGCGGAGCUGACGGUGUUGGACGUGUAUGACAUUGCGGCGGCGCUAGCUCAAGAGUUCGAGCGGACCAUUGACCGGUUCGGCUGCGAGGCCCUGGUCGGCGUGGUGCCCAAGGUGGUGCACGUUCUGGAGCUCCUGGAGAAGCUGGUGAGCCGCGGUGCUGCCUGGCAGGAGGCCGACGACGAGCUGCGGAAGGAACUGCUCCGUCUGCGGCAGGAGCGCAGCGACAGGCACGCUCAGGAGAGGAAGCACCACCAGGAGUUGGAGCAGGUGGAGGAUGUGUGGCGGGCAGAAGUGCAAGACCUUCUCUCGCAGACCACUCAGCUUCAGGCCGAGAACAAGAAGCUGCUGGUGAGCCUCUCGCUCACAGAAACGCCAGUCGCUGAGAAAGACCUGCAGAAGCAAGAUGGGAUGUCAGAGAAGGAAAGGCAGGUGAAGAAGUUGACAGGAUUGGUGGAAAAACAGCGGGAUGAACUCCGAGCUAAAGACCACGAACUGACACUGAAAAACGACGACAUUGAGGCUCUCCAGAUGCAGCAGCAUCGCCUGAUUAGGAUCAACCAGGAUCUCCGUCACAGGCUGGGCGUGAUGGAGGCGCAGAGCAAGGCGGUCAUGCGGCAGCGAGCUGAGCUGCAGGCGGCGGCGCAGGCCCGUCAGCAGCAGAUGGCCGCCCUGCAACUGGAGGCCAGGUGUCUGAGGAAGGAGCUGGAAGAGUGUGAGUUGGAGAGAGAGGUGGUCAAGAUGGAGGCAAACUGCUGCUCUUCCACAUGCGGCUCCACAUUGUCUUCAUCGCCGCAGCUGAGGAACGUGGCACCGUCCGACUCAGUGAAGCCAAAUUCGGUCUGGGUGGAGUGUGGAGGAGAUCCUGGCUGCUCGGAGCUCCACAUCACGAGCUCAGCGAGCCGAGAAAUGAAUGUCAGCACGAGCGACCGAGAGGGGGACGUGCCUACGCUGUUACUGGAGGAGGCCAAAGAGGAGACAGACAUCCUGGAGCAGGAGUCAGACGCUCCUCGCUUCACCCUGCAGGAGCUUCGUGAUGUCCUGCAGGAAAGAAAUGAACUCAAGUCCCAAGUGUUCCUCAUGCAGGAAGAACUUGCUUAUUAUAAAAGUGAGGAGUUUGAGGAGGACAUGCUUGUCUGUACUUCAUCUUCACCUUCUCCACCAUGCAGCGCCUCCUCUGAUCUGCCCGAAUCAGGAAUUCGACGCCUGAUCUUCACUGCCAUCAUGCCCAUGGUUGCUGCCGGUUUAAUCGCAGACGAUCCCACAUUGUUGCCCAUCCGACGCCUCGUUUCUUUAGUAUGACCUUUUAAAGAAUUCUCUUGAAUUUGUAUUGUUUCCUACAUGCUAUGAGGCCAAAUUGUGGUGGAUAUUUUAAAGUAUAUAUUUAUUUAUAUUAAGGACAUUGCUAUGUAUGUUGGAAGAGAAGCACGCAUGACAUUGUCGACACACUUAAUGAAUAAAAGGAAGCUUUAAAUAUCUACUUAUGACUUUUAAUGCAUUUAAUUUGCAUUUUUAGCUUUUCACUCUGAAAAGAACAAUGACAUAUUUGCUUGCUCUACUUUAAAUUAAGCCAAAUACCAAAAAUAUGCAAGUAUCCACAAUAAUUGUUGGAAGGCUACACACUCAUCUGUAAAAAAGUAUGUUUUUAUUGUUGUAAUAAAGCAUUAUUUUUAAUAA